ACGUGUUUGAUUUGUCACGUUGCGCUAACUUUCGGUUUGUACGCUUAUCAAUAAAACAGCAGCUAUAGCCUUUUGAAUUAUUCCUCGACGUUUGGCUGUCAUAGAGAACACAACAUAAAAGUAUUUCGAGUGUCCUUUUUCACUGGGUACUGGUAUAUCGACGGCGACGCUACCGUGGAUAACGUCUCCGGACUGAGUGACUGCCAGUAAUCAAUGCGAGGCGGUGGAAAUUGGGAAGAGUUGCAUGGCUACACCAGGAAAAUUCAAGGCUCAGUGACGUGUUUUCUCUGCCAGGUCUCCCAGGGAUCCGUGUUUUGCAUCGCUCCCCAAUUUGCAUUUUUCUCCACAUCAGCUUUUCCUCGCGACUUUCCAAACGUCCGAACCAGCACAUACCUCCGCAAUUGUAGUCUUCCCUGUCUCCAACGUUGUUCGCACCUAAACAACUGGAAACUUUGAAUAAUGUGACUCUGGCCAUCGGAAAUACACCUUUUGUUUUGCUCUCCGACGAUACAUGUGAUACGUGUAGCCUAUGCGAAGAAGCUAGCAAGAACGGCUGCGCAUUAGAUCGCUAAUAGGGCUUUUCGUGUCCAUACCUGCCGCUGUCGUUUGAUUUUGUAUCGAUCACUGUUGAUUGUAGUUUGGUGGGGGAGACAUCAUGUCGGAAGUGUUGCCUUACAACGAGGAGAAAAUUGCUCACUAUGGCGAUGAUGGAGACGUGGGGCAAAUUUCCUUCACCUGUCGCCUGCAGGAUACCAAUAACUUCUUCGGUGGGGCUCAAAAUAAAAGACCCCCCAAACUUGGACAGAUUGGGAGAAGCAAACGAGUUGUCAUUGAAGACGACAGAAUCGACGACGUGUUGAAAAACGGGACAGAAAAAACACCCACAGGUGUGUAAAAGCACCCAGAGACAUUGAGUAAGGAGAACUACGCUAGCCCCUUCAUUAAUCAGAAAGCACUUUGAAACUCCCCACUGAACAGGCCGCGGUCCACGAUGCAGUCGGCGACAAGAAUCCCAUUGCAAAAGUCGAGUGGACCGUGGCAAGCGCUGGGCAUUUUCUUUAUUUACGGUUUGUAAUCAAAAUCUUAUGGAUCUAUAUCAUCCAGUAUAUUGAAGCACGGAAUGGAGUUGUCCCGUGUACAGUACAGACAGCUACCAUUGCUCAACUCGGAGAGGCAGGGAGGGAGAAAAAUGAUACAUCAAACGUUAAGCACACUAGCUAUAUACCCUAAACCGUUUGUAUUCUUUUGCUGUACCUUGACCUAGGCUGAGCACUUUGUUUACUACUGUAUU